CUUAGACCUUAAUCUGAUUAUACUUUCUCUUCACUCUGGUGAUCGGUCUACAUUCAUCCGCGCUGUAAGCAGAAGCUCCAGGGGCUGGAUGAGUGGAUGGAUGAAUGGAUGAGAGGUGGAAACAUCUGCAGCAGCAGCAGCUGAGGGACUCUGAGCUGCAGGAUGAAACAUCUCAGGAGUGAAAUGACAGCGAGCAGAUGAGAGCACAGCUCUGUGUUCACUUUAACACGAGUCACUGUGGAGUUCAGACGUGAGCAGAAACAUCUGAGUGGAUCAUUAAAAGGCAUGAAUCAGAUGAUACUUUCCACCGAGGAGUGGACUUCUUCUCUUCCACCCAGACCUGCAGCUGCUCCAGCUGCUGCUGCUGCUUCCAAGAGACGCUUUGUGAAGCUGGGCAGGAAAACAAGUGAUGGCUCUGUGCAAUCGGCUUCAUCCACCGGCAGUUCAGCCGAGGGCACGCCCGUCAGACAGCCCAGCAAGAGUCGCAUCCGUCGCCAUACCAACCGCCUCUCGGGUGUCUUCCUCCGUGGCCCCGCCUCAAGCUCAGGCGCCAUGGCGCUGACAUCCGGUCUCAGGACAUCGCUGUCCAUACAAACCAGGAAGAGCAGCGUGAUCUGCGCCGACGUGUUAGUUGCGGACGACCCGUCUGAGCUGUCCAAUCAGAUCACUGCUCCGGGAAUCCUGAAGAUCUUUGGGAAUGAAAUCUGUGAAGGAGCUCACUACAAGAGCGUGCUGGCCACCACGCACUCCAGCGCAAAAGAACUUGUCAAAGAGGCUCUGGAGCGGUAUGGCCUGAGCAAGGAGGAGGCGGAGUCGUACGUUCUCUGCGACACCAUCGGCUCCAUCGACCAGCGCCACUGGAGGACCGAGGGGUUCCGAGUCGUCGGCGACAACGAGAAGCCCCUCCUCCUGCAGUCGCUGUGGAAGCCGAGGGAGGGCCUGGCGAGGCGGUUCGAGAUCCAGAGGAGGAGCUCGGUAGAGGAGAAGACAUCGAAGGACAAAGACACCGUCACUGCGGGACUCAAUGCCCAGGCACGGAAGCUGCAGAAGAGCCGCUCCAGAGUGGCGUCCACCCUCAUCGACAGGACCGUGGGUCAAAGUCACAAACUGUGGAGAAGCAAGAGUGAGAUGGAUCUCUUAGAUUCCGACGCAGACACAAGGCGGGACACGGACCGUGACCACUGUGUCAAGGAUCGAAGCGGGAGUCUAAAUCAAACUUCGCUGCAAUGCAAAACAAGCCCAGAACAGAACCACAUUCACAGGCCCGCCGUUCCCUCGGAUGCGGCAACAGAGACCCUCUGUCCAGCGAGGCCAAGAGGCGAACGGGAGGCAGAGGAGUCGGAGAGGGAGGAGACAGAGAGCAGCGACGAUAACACCACACAGUACUCCAUUCACCCUCCUUAUGACUGUCCGUACCUGCUGCUGCUGCAGGGCUGCAGCCCUGCACAGGACUACGUCAUCUACCUCCUCGCGGGGACAAAAACUGCAAUCGGACGCCAGAGCGAUCAGGACAACGGGUCAAAGCUCGACAUCCUGCUCUUUGCCACUGACAUCCUGAGUCCGAGUCACUGCUACUUCCACCGGCCUGGAGUUGGCGCUGCCACCGCGCUCUGCCCGUGUCAGGAUGCUGUCGUCACCAGGAACGGUGAAGUGCUGAAGGAAGAAGUGCUGCUUAGUCCUGGUGAUGUCGUCGGACUGGGGCAGUUCUACUUGUUUCUUUUCAAAGAUCCCUUAAACUUGAUGCACAAGGAGGUGAACACUUCUGCUCCUGAGUCUGGCUUGUUGGCCGUUCCCUGGAUGCUGGGACACAACACUUCAACAGACCACGCUACAGAAAUGAACCUCGGCAAUUCCCGCACCUCAACCUGCUCUGAGAGUGUGAGCAGCAAACAGGUCCUUAGCAUGUGUCCCCCGUGUAUAAAAUCCUCUGAGGGCCACAGCCUGACUCUGAACUAUGAGGCAGAGGACGAGGACCACAUUGUGAAGGAGAUAGUGGACAUGGGAAGUACCAGACUCGAAGACAGACCCCCGCUGACUGCUGCAUUUUUGCUGUGCAUGUGUGUUCAACACUCUUCCACCUGUCUUCAUAAAUCAGACCUGCGCAGGCUCCUGCUGCUGAUUGCCAGUAGAGUUCAGAGUGCCAUGUGGGAACACACUAAAGAUCUCGCUGCAAUCCAGCCUGAAAUUCUCAACGGUGAAGGCCCAAACUCAGGCAACCUCCAAACCCUCAGUCUGCAGGAAGUCAUCUCAGGACUGCGCCCCCUGGUGGUGUGGAUGUCCAACAGUCUGGAGCUGCUGCAGUUCAUCCAGUGCCAGCUGCCUCUUAUCCUUGAGUGGAGGACCAGGAAUGAGCAGGGAUUGGAGGAGGAGGAGGAGGAGGAUGAAGAGAGGAGUGAUGCCUUGUUGGAGCUUCAUCUGUCCUGUGUCCGUUCAGCCAGCGAGGAAACUAUGGCCGUCCUGGAGGAGGUCAUCAUGUUAGCCUUCCAGCAGUGUGUUUACUACAUCACCAAGAUCCUGUACCCGAUCCUGCCCGGACUUCUGGACUGCAACCCGUUCAGAAAGAUCCCAGACCGGCUGGUGACUGCUUCUGCUGCCGAGUGUGCUCGGGUCCUGGGUAUGAGUGGCCUGCAGGUCCCUGGCGAGGUCCAGCAGGUUGUGGAAGUUCUGAACGAGGCCUGGAUCCUUCUCUCAGACUGUCAGCUCCAUCCGGAGAUUUCCUCUCAGCUCAUUGGCUACCUCUUCUACUUCAUCAACGCGUCACUCGUCAACUUGCUCAUGGAGAGAGGCUCAGAGCCAGGUUUUUACCAGUGGUCCCGGGGCGUGCGGAUGCGGGCCAGUCUGGACCUGCUCCUGGACUGGGCCCACACUGCGGGACAGGGAGAAACAGCCUUGGGGCAAACGCACACACUGGCAUCAGCGAUUAAUCUACUGGCCACACCCCGAAAGAAUCUACUGCAGACAUCUUGGAAGUCGUUGCGGUGUCACUUCGCUGCCCUGAGUCCAGCUCAGCUGAACCACCUGCUGAGUCUGUACAGUCCAGGUUCUCCCUGCAGACACACGUGGACUCCAGCAGCACAGGACCAGGCAGCCAUACUUAGAACUGCUGAAAUCCUGGAGAGCUUCGACACCCAGCAUCCUCUGGUGCUGCCGGGCGGCGGUCACCAGUUCCAGCUGAAGAGGUCGGUGGCAGACUUGGCUCUGACGGACGAGCUGGACAAACUCGGAGAGUUUAUUUCCUCGCUCCAUAAACAGCAGUCGCCGGAAGAUCGCCAGGAUAGAAGCUGCCGUCAGACGCCUGUCCAGAACCACUCACUCACCUCGGUUGCCUUGCCUCCAUCGCCCCCAUCGCCGCCCUCCCCUCCGUCCACCCACAACCAGGACGAGUUCACUUCCUGUGGCGCUUUCCUCCUGUCCCAGAAGCUGAGACAUCUGGAGCUGCAAAUCACCGGCCCGAAGAGCAGUGAGACGAGGAGGUCGGCGCUGGACCCAUCGUGUCUGCUCACGCCACCCAACACCCCGCACCACAUGGACCCUGAUGAGGUGGCAAAGCCCAGUCAGGAUAAACGGAUGAAGCCUGACAUUGAGAUGCUUCCCUGGACCUCAGAUGUAGACGAUGAAGGUGGAUUAGUGUUUGAAUGUCUGGCUGCAUUGAAGGUAGACCGUUUGAAACCAGACUGCCCCAGUAUGAAAAGAAUCCUGGAAAUUAAAGAGGAGGAGGAGGAGGAGGAGGAAGAGCAGGACAACCAUUAUGAUGACGCCAAUGACGAGGUGUUCAGUUUGGAACUGGAGCGAGGUGAAAGGGGACUUGGCCUCUCUUUGGUUGACACAAGGGAAACAUCGUUCAGGGUGAAAGGCAUCUUCAUCCAGUCGGUUGUUCCGGGCUCUCCUGCAGCUCGGUGUGAAAAGCUGGUACCAGGAGACCAGAUCCUGGCGGUCAAUGGAGUUAGCCUGCUCGGCUUGGACUACAAGAGCGGAAAAGAGCUGAUCCAGUCAUCAGGGAACCGGCUGAGAUUACUGGUGACCCGUUGUGACUGGAUGGCUAAAGCUAUGGAGACAGGAUGCUGAGUUUUAUUCAACCAAGAGACUGUUGAAGCACCACACACACAGACUAUGACUGUGAAGGCUUGUCUAUGACUCAAGCUCAGAUUUGAUUUUUGGAUGUGGAUGUCGUUCGAAGGAAACAAAUGCACUAAUGAAUGAAUCAUCCUUGAAGUGAUUAGCAGGUGUUUAGCUGUUCAAUGGAGGGGGGAGUAGCAGUUACGCACAAGUGGGUCACAAAUCUUUUUCUCUCGGGAGCUCCCCUUACAGUACAUAUGUCGUACAUUAAGGUUUGGUCCACGGAAGUUACAAAAUAUAGUUCUUUGCCCGGUAAAGGGUCAGUCCCAGACAAACAUUUGGCCCAGAUCCGGCCCACUUUCUUCACUUUCAUCUGGCCCGCAUACUGCACGGAAUGAUGACUCUUGGGCACUCUGCUCUUGUUUGCUAGAUCUGGGCCAAAAACAAAACGGCCACUGCAUCACCACGUGUCAGCAACGUUUACCAAAGGUGGCUCACAUAUGUCUCAAGAUGUUUGGGCCAUAUUUAUGAUUGAUGACAUGGCCCACUUUAGGGUGACAUCCAGAAUACACAAGGCCACAAGCACCGCAUAUUUGCCAAAGUGGCUUUACAUCCACUUUGACUGUACCCGACGUAGCCCACAUUCAGAUGCUAUCUGGGAUUAGGUAGUCCCUCCCUGGAGCUUGAGUUGUGACUUUUCUUGAAGACGUUUCACCUUCUCAUCCCAAGUUAGCAUAAGAACAAAUCAGCUAUGAGGCAUUGUUGACUGUUGCAGGUAGCCCUUCUUUCAUUUGAGGAACGUGCUUUAAUCGCCAAUUCUACAACAAAAUCAUCAAACUUUAUAGAAAUCCUUUUUUUUCCAAAUGCAUUGAAAACACUUGGGAAUAGAGGACAUGAAACAAAACUAUGUGGAAAUGAGACCCAGACAUCUGUGCUUAAGUUUGAUUUCGGGACACCACUGUUUAAUAAUAUAUUUAGUAUCUAUUUCUCAUUUGUCUCUUGAAAAAGUAAGAAGCAUGAAGACAUACUGUCACUGCCAUUCUUGAACCUUUUUUGUUAUUGAUAAUUUUGAUAAAAAUCUGGCUUAAUGCGUUCAAAUAUGGCGAAAUGACUGACAACCUGACACAGUUGUUGUGUAUCUGCUCCUGGUCUCUCUCU